AUGUACAGCUUCAAUACUCUUCGACUCUACCUUUGGGAGACCAUUGUAUUCUUCAGCCUUGCUGCUUCUAAGGAGGCUGAUGCCGCCCGCUCCGCGCCCAAGCCCAUGUCUCCCUCGGACUUCCUGGAUAAGCUCAUGGGGAGAACCUCUGGAUAUGAUGCCAGGAUCAGGCCCAAUUUUAAAGGUCCCCCAGUGAAUGUGAGCUGCAACAUUUUCAUCAACAGCUUUGGUUCCAUUGCUGAGACAACUAUGGACUACAGGGUCAACAUCUUCCUGCGGCAGCAGUGGAACGACCCCCGGCUGGCCUACAACGAAUACCCCGACGACUCCCUGGACCUGGACCCGUCCAUGUUGGACUCCAUCUGGAAACCGGACCUGUUCUUCGCCAACGAGAAGGGGGCCCACUUCCACGAGAUCACCACGGACAACAAGCUGCUCCGGAUCUCCCGCAGCGGGAACGUCCUCUACAGCAUCAGAAUCACCCUGACGCUGGCCUGCCCCAUGGACUUGAAGAAUUUCCCCAUGGACGUCCAGACAUGUAUCAUGCAACUGGAAAGCUUUGGCUAUACCAUGAAUGACCUCAUCUUUGAGUGGCAGGAGCAGGGAGCUGUGCAGGUGGCAGAUGGACUAACUCUGCCCCAGUUUAUUCUGAAGGAGGAGAAGGACUUGAGAUACUGCACCAAGCAUUACAACACAGGUAAAUUCACCUGCAUUGAGGCUCGGUUCCACCUGGAGCGACAGAUGGGCUACUACCUGAUCCAGAUGUACAUUCCCAGCCUGCUCAUUGUCAUCCUCUCCUGGAUUUCCUUCUGGAUCAACAUGGAUGCUGCACCAGCUCGUGUGGGCCUCGGCAUCACCACCGUGCUCACCAUGACCACCCAGAGCUCUGGCUCCCGAGCAUCCCUGCCCAAGGUGUCCUAUGUGAAAGCCAUUGACAUUUGGAUGGCGGUGUGCCUGCUCUUCGUGUUCUCCGCCUUGCUUGAGUAUGCUGCUGUCAACUUCGUGUCUCGGCAGCACAAAGAGCUGCUCCGGUUCAGGAGGAAGCGAAGACACCACAAGAGCCCCAUGUUGAAUCUAUUCCAGGAGGAUGAGGCCGGAGAGGGCCGCUUCAACUUCUCUGCCUAUGGGAUGGGCCCAGCCUGUCUACAGGCCAAGGAUGGCAUCUCGGUCAAGGGUGCCAACAACAACAACACCACCAACCCCGCUCCUGCGCCGUCCAAGUCCCCGGAGGAGAUGCGAAAACUCUUCAUCCAGAGGGCCAAGAAGAUUGACAAAAUAUCGCGCAUCGGCUUCCCCAUGGCCUUCCUCAUCUUCAACAUGUUCUACUGGAUCAUCUACAAGAUCGUCCGCAGGGAGGACGUCCACAACCAGUGA